AUGGCGCUCAGGAUUCCGAUGCCGACCGGUUUCAAAUCCAGUAAUCGCGGGAGCAUGCCCGGCGAGAUGUUGCGCGCCGGGCCUGCAGUCGUUAGUGCGUCGGCCGGUGGCGUGAAGCAGAGGUCGAAGGAGGAGUCCGGAUCGGCCUCGAGGUUAGGCCUAGAGAUGUCGGUCCAGGAGCUCGAGCGGCUCUUCAAGGCAGGGGAUCCGGCGCUCAAGAGCGCUGGCCCUGGAGAUUCCGCCGGGUUCGGGUCCUCCGGCCAGCCGGUACGCGUCGCGUACCAGGGCGUCCGCGGCUCCUACUGCCAGGAAGCCGCGACGAAGGCCUUCGCGACUUGUAACGCGUUCCCGUGCAACCACAUGGAGGACGCGUUCCAGGCGCUCCAGGAGAAAACAGCGGAUCGGGCCGUGAUCCCCGUCGAGAACUCCGUCGACGGGGUGAUCGACCGGAAUUUCGACCUGCUCCUCCGCCACAACGUCAGCAUCGUCGGCGAGCUCGUCCUCGCCGUGAACCACUGCCUCCUCGCGGCCCCCGGCACGCGCCUGUCUGACGUCAGGAGGGUCGUCAGCCACCCUCAGGCGCUCAGCCAUUGCCGGUCGCGGAUCGAGGCCCUCGGCGUCGAGGUGGAGGAGGUGUCCAACUCGGCCGAGGCGGCUCGGUUCCUCUCCGAGAACCCGAUCUCCGACACGGCCGUCAUCGGCAGCAAGAUCGCCGCGAAGGAGUUCGGCCUGCGGAUACUCGAGGAGAACCUUCAGGACCGGAGCGAGACGAACGUGAACCGGUUCUUCCAGCUCGCCCUCGACCCGGCGUUCCCGUCUCCUGCAACGGCCGGCGUCCGGAAGACGACCGUCGCCUUCUCUCUGAAGAACGGCGUGUCGGAUCUCUUCCGAGCGGUUUGGCCGUUCGAGAGCCGGAGCAUUCCCGUGAUUGGAAUCCAGCACCGACCGAACAGGAGAAACCCGGUUCGGGUGGUGGAGGGCGAGCACGGGACGGUUCGGUACUUCGACUACGUCUUCAUCGUCGAUGUCCAGGGCUCCGCGUCGGAUCGUGCUGUCGAGAGGGCGCUCGCCCAACUGGCGGAGGUCGCGGGCUUCGUCCGCGUCCUCGGCACCUACGCCUCCCGUUGA